AUGUCAGUAGCAACUACUUGGGAUAGAAACAGAAUAUUGUUUGAUCUAAUAUUAGAUAUAUCAUUAUUGUUUCAAGGCAUAAUUAUUUGGAGAGAAACUAAAUCUCCUAUGAUUCGAAAGAGAUUAAUCAUUUUUGAGGAAUUAAUAAAAGAGAAAUUAGAGAACUUAGGCUAG